GUUCUCUCCCUAUUACCUGCUGCUCUGCUCAGAUCUGAGAAAAACCUGGCUAGCCAAUAAUGGUGAUGAAUUAUUACUAUUCCUCAACCACCUCGAUCCGUCUUCAUCGAUUCCUUUUCCCAGCUGUGACUAUGAUACUCUGCCUCAACAUCGCCGUCCACGGCGGCGGCGGCGGCGUAGAUCUGAUACACGAGACUUGCAAGGCCACAAGGCACUACCGCCUCUGCGUCUCCUCUCUCGAAUCCGACUCCGCCAGAUCCAACGCGUCUGACGCCAAGGGACUGGCCAGGAUCAUGGCUGCCGUCGGGAUCGCCAAUGCCACCGCCACCAAGUCUUACAUCUCAUCCCUACUCCUUCGCGGCGGCGGCGGCGGAGAAACCGGGAAGAGGCUGCUGAGGGACUGCGCGGACAAGUACUCGUACGCGGGCGACGCCCUGCGGGCGUCGAUCCCGGACAUGGAGGCGGAGAUGUACGACUACGCGUACAUGGAGGUCGCGGCGGCGGCGGAUUACCCGAACGCCUGCCACGACGGGUUCAGGAGGCAUCCCGGGUUGGCUAAUUAUCCGGUUCAGCUUGGGGUCAGAGAGGAUGGAUUGAGGCGCAUUUGUGACGUGCUUCUGGGAAUGCUCGAUUCUCUCCUUCUUCAUUCCUCUCCUUAAUUACACAAUUACCAAUUACAAUUACAAUUCCAGUCUCGAGUAACUAAUUAAUCUCUCAUCUCAGCAAUCAGAAUAUCUUUUUUUUUUGAACCCAGCAAUCAGAAUAUCUUUAAUUUGCAGGAUCUAUACAUAUACUCCGUGUGUGUCAGUGUGUGUUAAUUUUAGCAUUUUAAUAAUUUUUAUUUGUUUAU